CUUGAACAAUCCAGAAUGAAGUGCUCCUCCAACGCUGUGAACAAAAUGGAAGCUGGCAGCCUGAGAUCUGCAGGGAAGAAAAGCCGCACAAAGGCCAAGAACUACUCCAGAUUCAUCUACAAGGUUUUAAAACAGGGACCUCAGGGGCGGGACAUCUGUUUGGCCAAAGAAUCUGAGCUAAUGGUGUCCAUAGCAUCUGAAGCUGCCAGGCUGUCCAUAUAUAACCACAGGAGAACCAUCACCAGACGGGAGGUAGAGAAGGCUGUGAAGAACAUUGUGUCCUUAGGACCUUCCACCCGUCCCCUCCCUGGAUCUGCUGCCACAGACUGAAGCUUUUGUCAUUAUUUUAUUUAUUUUGCUAAUAAAAAUGUAUUUUAAAGG